AUGGAGUCCUGGGCGAGGUGCGUCUUUCUUCUCUUGCUGCGGUUACUGCCAGGUAAGUUCAUUCCUCGUCCCUCUGCAGUGUGUGGCCACGCCAGAGAUGCUGGGAAGAUCGUGGGUGGCCAAGAUGCUCUGGAAGGACAGUGGCCUUGGCAGGUCAGCCUGGGGAUAGCCGAAGAGGGCCACAUAUGUGGGGGCGCCCUCAUCCACGAGAGGUGGGUGCUCACGGCUGCCCACUGCUUCCGCAGGUCUCUGAACCCUAGCCUCUACUAUGUGAAGGUUGGGGGACUGACAGCCUCCCUUUCGGAACCCCAGUCAACCAUAGUGGCUGUGAGAAACAUCUCUGUCUACCCCACCUACCUCUGGGAAGACGGGACCAGUGGGGACAUUGCCCUCGUGCAGCUGGGCGUUCUUCUGCGGCCCUUUCAGUUCACUCCCGUCUGCCUCCCAGAAGCCCAUGCUCCCCUCACUCCUGGAACUGUCUGCUGGGUAACAGGCUGGGGGUCUACCCAGGAAAGAGGGUUCGCCAGUGUCCUCCAGGAGCUGGCCGUGCCCCUCUUGGACUCAGAGGAGUGUGAGAAGAUGUACCACAUCCGGGAGACCGGCCAGUCAGGGAAACGGUUCAUCCAGGCAGACAUGCUCUGUGCAGGCUUUGUGGAGGGCGGGAAAGACGCCUGCCAGGGCGACUCUGGUGGACCAUUGGUUUGUGCCAUCAACGGUUCCUGGAUCCAGGUCGGCAUCACCAGCUGGGGGAUUGGCUGUGCUCGUCCAUACAGGCCUGGUGUCUACACUCGGGUGCCGGCCUACGUAGACUGGAUUCGGAGAACCCUGGCUGAGAACGUCUUUGGUGCCUGCGGGGGCCACUCCCGAGCCUCUGGGGCUUCUCAGAUAUUGCCACUAGUGUUUCUGGUCUUUGCCUUGCAAUGGGCCCUGUGAGCCAUAAACUCUAGUCCCAGAUCCUCUUCCAGUGGGAUUGGAGACUCAGAAGCUUAAGACAGAUGCUGAGAAAAUGAAUCUCAACUGGUGGGUUUGCAGGUGGCCUCCUGGAGGUGUCGGGGGCUGCAGUGACCUAGAACACAGGGACACAUCCUGUCGAACACAGGCAGCCACCCACUUGUCACUCACCGCAGGCCUGGUUCCCUUUCAGCUCUACCUGUGUCGGCUCUUUUAGUUGUGCGACAGUGCUGUGGUGGGGGGGUGGGGAAGCUCAGAGAGGGCGUGUGAGUUUCCUACGGUCACACAGCUGGGACAGAAUCUCAAUCACUCGGUCAGACAACCAACCAAUCCAUCGGUCAGGUGUGGUUCAGAAGCUGUGCUCUCACCUGGAAGGAAGUCUCACUAUGUGCCCCAAGCUGGCCCCAGCCUCCUGAAGGUGUGCAUUGGAGAGCUGGCACCGCCACACUUGGCUCUUACUCUUUGUUCAUAACGCAUCUUUGUUCUGGGGUUGUGGGGGGGUGGGGAGCCCCAUGACAUGGAGCUAGAAAGGUGGUUUAACAGUUAAAAGGCUCUUCCAGAGGACCAGCAUUUCACUUCCAGCACCCAUACCAUGUAGCUUACAAGAGCAGGAGGUCCUGCUUCCGGCCUCCGAGGACAUACACACGAUACUCGAACACACACAUACACACACAAUUAAAAAUAAAAUUAAUGUUUCUUUUUUAAAGAUUUA